AGUAUUGAAAUCGUCGUUAACGGCGACGGUUUGGUUUGUUUCGACGCUUAAACACACUUGCACGUUCUUCUCUCUCACGACUUCCUCUCUUGCCGCUCUCUUUGCGCUGCUGCUGUAGUUGCAGUGACUUGAAGCUCCGAAGAGUAAACCACCAACGGACACAUCCAUGUUAAUGCCACGUUAUCUGGGCCUGAACGAUAGCUCCUCGUCGUCUGGCAGUCACGGAAAUGCAGGAGCCCCUGGCAGCUCCUCCUCUCCGCCGACGACAGUGGCCGCCCUCACGAAGAUGCGACUGCUGAGCAAAGUGGAGCACAACAUGCGUCAGAGCCAAGGUCAUAUACCGAGCCAUCAGAGCGGCCAGGACGUCAACCACCUCCUGCAAACGGCAUCCACUGGCAACGGAGUGGUAGGCGAUGUCGACGGACUGCUGACGCCCAUGCGCAUUAAAGCGCAUUUGUCGCCACCCUACUCCGCCAGCAGUUCCGUCAAGUCCGAGUCCGCGAGCUCGAGCUCUCGGCCGGAGCGCAACCUGUGGAGCCGGGCCGAGAUGCUGGAGAUGCUGAGCAUUAUGCAGAAUCUAAAUGCCCUGGAGCAGCUAAAUGACCGGAACAUGAAAAGCGAAUACGUCUUCCGGCAGAUCGAGGAUGUGAUGCGCAGCAAGGGCUAUGUGAAGAAGUCCAGCAUUCAGAUCUGGACCAAAUGGAAGUUCCUUAAGUCCACUUACAAUACCACAACGCGACAUGGUACCGGGGUGCCCAAGGUGGUCCCGGAGGAGGUGUACCGCGUGCUCUGCCGAAUGCUGAGGGACACUAAUUACAACGGCAGCAGCAGCAAUGUCAACGGCAGCCUCAGUGAAUGCGGCAACUCGAUGGACAGCUCGAAGACGGCUUGUGAAGAUACCAAGGAGGACAUCCUGGGCGUGGAGCAUCCCAUAUUCGGCUUUCGGCUGGGACCCAUUAAACCAGAGCCAAUCGAUACAGGCUACGAGACUUCUCAGAAGCCAGACAUGGUGUCCGAACCAGAUAUGGAAGCCUUUGACUACGAAGCUGAGAACUCCCAGGCUGACAACCAUGAUCAGGAUGAGGCCCCCCAUUUGCCAUUCAUAGUGUCCGUGAAACAUGAACCAGACAUGGACCUGGGGAUGGACACGACCAACACUCCGCCGCCCACGGCGCCAGCUUCGCCCUCGCCCCCUCCUGUGGCGCUGGAUGAGACCGAUGAGGAAACAGUAUACUCAUCCACCCCUAUCGCUCUUCCUCCACUGCGCGUGGCCUCCUUUGCCAAGGACGAGCUGCGGCGGCCCACCCACGGCAUCCUGCAGAUCGAUCGGCCGCCGCCGACGCUCACCAAGAUGAACCAGCAGCUACCCAGUCCGGGCCAGGCGAGCAAAUCCCUACCCCUCCAAAGCACUAGCAGCAUAAACUUUGUGCACCCGCACAGCAAACUGAUGUUACCCCGCAAGCCAAAUCCGAAUAGCAGCCAACCCGGCUUGCGUCUGCCCAGGGAUAUCAGUGUCCAGCCGGCGGGCAUGCGAAUGAAGACGGUGCCUAUGCGGGAUACGGGCUACUCGUUGCGGCCGGAACGGAUGAUCCCCGACCUGAAUCAGGUCACAUCCAGUCCCCCACAGUCGCCGAUGGCCGCUCUUUUGAGCCGUGGACCGCCGCCCAAGUAUCCAAUAGCCGGGCAACAGGGUGGCGCCUCCACUAGCAGGCAGGCUCACAUUAUGUCUUCCCACCAGUUGACCCCGUUGCAGCACCAACAGCUCCAGCCGCGGAAGCGUCGUCUGGUUCAAAGUCCGGUUAUGGGCAUGCCUGUGCCUGUAAAGCUGCAGCGCAGCUCCAAUAUGUACGAAACGACUAUAAAAGGUACUCGAUCUCACCCUGGAAUGGGCGAAGAGAGCAAAAAGAAGACCAGCGAAGAACAGACGAAGCAGCGCAAGAAACGGCAGGAAGAGGUGUUCGCCAAAGAGCUCGCCCAAUUGGCCACUGCGAUGCACUCAGCUCAGAAGGAGAUGCUGCAGGAUUUCUUCAUGCAACAGAAGGAGAUCGCGAGGCGAGAGCAUGAGUUCCAGAUGAAACAGGACACGAUGGUGAUGCGGGCACUGCGCAAGCAAACGUAUGUGUUGCUCAAAAGCGCAAACGAGCUGGUAAAUGGACCUUCUGAGGCAACUAAAAAUGAGCCGGAACCCAAAGACGGUGUCAUUCCCGAAACUCAGAUGUCGUUUCAACAAGAAACGGAAAUAAAACCUCCAGAAAGCGAAGAGGAAAAUAUUGAUGGAGAUGGGGAAGAUGACGAUAUGGAAGAAACUUUGGAAGAGCCAGAAGAUGAAGACAAUGAAGUGGAUUAUGAGGAUGAAAACGAAGAGGAGGAUGACGAAGAAGUCGAUGAUGAACACCUGGGCAAUGACAGCGACCUGGAAAUGUCCACCUUAGCCAUGUCCGAGGGCUCCAACCAUGUUGAAGUCAUCAGCGAGGAGCAGUAGUUGACUUUUCCCCAACAUUCCAACCCAUCUCCAAGUAUUAGCCCAAAAAGACAAACACCAUUGUUAAUACCGAUUCAUUCCAAUCGCAUUCCUUAAGCUAUAUAUACUAUAUAUAUUCCUAAAGCCGGACCCGCGCAUUGUUAAAAGACUUGAUUAUAUUUAAGCAUUAUUACAUAAAUGAAACCUAAAGUAAAUUAAAAUGUAUUUAUUGUUCAUCGACCGUCUAUGCCCCAAAGUGCUGUAAAGUUAUUGAAACCACAAAAUACUUAGGUAAUCAUAUGAUAUAUAUCAAAAUAUAUAUGUACCUUGUACAAUAAAA